AUGGUGAUUUGCCGCACGUCUGGUUGGCAGGUGAAGCGCGGGUCUCCAAACUACAUGGCCCCCGAGCUUUUCCAGCAGGGUGCAACGUACUCCAUGGCAUCAGACAUGUAUUCCCUGGGAUGCGUCCUGUACGAAAUGGCGACAGGCAGGCCCCCUUUCCUGCACACCUCGUUCCACGAGCUGCUGCUCAUGGUAUUGCACGAGGCGCCGGGACCGAUGCCGGGGUGCUCCGCUUCCUUCGUUGAGCUGGUGCAUGGACUGCUUGACAAGAAUCCGGCGACGCGGCUUUCGUGGAAGGACAUGGUGACCCACCCCUUCUUUCAUUUUAGAAUGACCCCAGUCGACAUGCCUCCGGAGCCCGUCUUUGAUGAAUACGUGAAGCGCCACAAGCUGAGGCCGCAGACCCCGUCAUCCAUGGAAACGGAGGAGGCACAGGAGCGUGCCGCGAGCCUUCGCUCCAGCGUGAACGUGCAGAGGCUGUCGCUCAUAGUCAUAAAAAACAUAGAGAACGAAGGGGAUGAGUCAGAUUACCAGGGGGCUACGGAGGUGGAGGCGAACGACGUUCUCCUGUCCCACGCAGAUGCCGAACUGGACUUUGAAGAAAGGCGAGACGAAGGUGUGUCGAGCAGUGCAGACGAAGAGACCACAUCGCCUUCCCCGAGGGAUGAGAUGGCGACGCCGGUGGAGGCGAAGGCCGGCAACCUGGGCCGUGUUGGCAUGUUGGAGGGCGUCGACCCGGACAUAAUUCGAUCAAAACAGAGCCUGAAAGGGACGAGAUCCAGCGCGUCUUCCCGCCUCGGCGGCGUCCUGUCCGUGAGCGCCGGCAACCGGGUAGACGGCCGAGCCGGCACCUCCAACGGCCACCGGCACAACGGUGAAGAGCUUUCGGGCGGCGUCCAAGCGUGUCCCGACGCAUUGGCCAGGCGGCCCGAAUUGGAGGAUUUGAUCUGGCACCCAACGGACGCAGCCGUCAAGCCCAUCGUCGCCAAUCGCCGGAUCGAGCGUCUCAUGGAGCCUAAAUACGACGACCGAUUGCUGCCAUUCCUUCCGAAAACUGCGAAGAGCCUGGCGGAAGCUCCAAAGGAAGAGGUGCAUGCCUUCCUCAGCGACUUGGAGUCCGCGCUGAAGGGCACCGCCCUGACACGGGACAAGCUGAAUGUGCUAUCCUACCUGGAGACCAUGUGCCCCAACACCGUCGUCGCCAACGUGCUCAUCAACUCAGGCCUCAUCGUCACGAUGAUGGACAUGAUUCGCGACACCCGCAACGCGGCGCUGAAGAUAAGGCUGCUGACGGUGGUUGGCAUGUUUGUCCGGCACGCAACGUACAUUGCUGAUGCGGUGGCCGCGACGCCAAUACUCGACAUACUGACGGAGGCUCUGAGGGACAAGAACGACAAGGUGCGGCGGCGAUCCAUGGCGGCCCUGGGCGAACUGCUGUUCUACAUUGCGACACAGAGCGGCGAGCGGGAUUCCGAUGUGUUCGCCUGGGUGGUGCCUCCCACCACCACGGCCCUCGUCUCCCGGCUGCUCAAGGCCGGCGAGGACCAAGUGACUCAGCACUACGCUGUGAAGGCACUUGAGAAUGUGGCUAGUCAGGGCGGAAGGUGGGGUGCUCGCUUCGCAACGCAGGACGUCAUCCACCACCUGGCGCAACUGUUCACAGCCGUGCGCAAAGAUCACUCCAAGUCCACCAGCAUCGACCACAUGCGAACGACGUGCCUGUCCACCAUAUCCCGCCUCCUCAGGAACAACCGCCAGCUCGUGCCGGCGUUCGUGGAAAAGUACGGCCUGCGGCUGGUGGCGCCUUGCAUUGUCGAGACCGGCAACAUUAAGGUUCAGACCGUGGCGGUGAACAUUUUGAAUCUGGCGCUCUGUCAACAGGAGUUGAGUUCCCGCACACGGUCGUGGCUCACAGAGGAAAAGAAUCUCGUCAGGAUUUUGGUGGGUCUGCUGGACCAUCCAGUGCAGGUGAGGUGA